CCUCCGCGGGCUCCGGCGCGCUGCGGCUGCGGGCGCGGGGUGCAUGGAAGCGGCGGCUGCGGCGGAGGAGGCGGCGGCUGCCCCAUGGAGUGUUACUACAUUGUCAUCAGCUCCACGCAUCUCAGCAACGGACACUUUCGCAACAUCAAGGGAGUUUUCCGGGGCCCUCUCAGCAAGAACGGGAACAAAACUCUGGAUUAUGCUGAGAAGGAGAACACCAUAGCAAAAGCUCUGGAAGACCUGAAGGCCAAUUUUUACUGUGAACUCUGUGACAAGCAGUACUAUAAGCAUCAGGAGUUUGACAAUCAUAUUAAUUCCUAUGACCAUGCUCACAAGCAGAGACUCAAAGAACUGAAACAAAGGGAAUUUGCUCGAAAUGUAGCAUCUAAAUCCAGGAAAGAUGAAAGAAAACAGGAAAAGGCACUCCAACGCCUGCACAAGCUGGCUGAACUAAGAAAGGAAACUGUGUGUGCUCCUGGAAGUGGCCCCAUGUUCAAGUCAACAACUGUUACUGUGAAAGAAAAUUGUAAUGAAAUUUCCCAAAGAGUUGUUGUGGAUUCAGUUAAUAACCAGGAAGAUUUCAAAUGCACUUUGAUUCAUAGUCAAGAGAAUGCUAAAGAUGUUACCACUGUGGCUGCAGAUGCAGAAAGUGCAAAUAGUUCUCCUGCCAAAAAUAACCAACUUGGAGAUCAAGCCAAGGGAAUUCACAGACACAAAAUUGGCUUUUCUUUUGCGUUUCCAAAGAAAGCAUCCGUGAAGCUGGAGUCCUCAGCUGCAGCCUUCUCUGAAUACAAUGAUGAUGCCUCUGUGGAAAAAGGAUUUAGCAGAAAAAGUAGAUUUGUCCCUGGUGUUUGUCAUCUUCAACUAUCUUCACCAACAGACGUGCUUUUGAGUUCUGAGGAGAAAGUGAACUCUUUUCAUCCACCAGAAGGACUGUGCACUGACAAAGAAACUGCUCAAACUCCAGAGAUGAAAGACGUUUCUAGUGAAAAAGAUACACUGUCAUUACCUCCAUUUUGCCAAUUUCAACUCCCUUUAUCAUCUGAUGCAGGUAAUUGUCAAAAUUCAGUCCCCUUAGCAGAUCACCUUCCACUGGAAGAUGUAAUCAUUAAUGAAGGCAUGCCUAUAAGUGGAAACAGUUCUGAAUUUCUAGGAAAUGAAUCCAUGGUUCUUAAUAUGGCUAAUGACUGCCUAUCUUUGCAAGCUACCACAGAGGAAACUAGUAAGGACCAUGAUGCAUCCACAACUGAAGCUGAAAAUAAAAAUCACAGCCCUGAGAUGUCCGCCCCUUCAAAUUCUGAAGAGGAUAACGUAACCUUACAGAAAAAAACAGAUUUAUAUAAAAGACCAUGUGAUCCAUUUGUGCCCGUCCUUAACAAAGAUGGAUCCACGGUUCUUCAGUGGCCGUCAGAAAUGCUGAUUUACACAUCGACUCAACCAUCAAUUUCCUAUAGCUGUAAUCCUCUCUGUUUUGACUUCAAGUCCACUAGAUUAAACCACAAUCCAGAUCAAAAUAAGCUGCCCUUCAGUGAUCUUUAUUCUCAGCAGAAGGGAGAAGACAUUUACAAGAGACCAGUUGUGGACUGCAAGGACACAUCCACUGCCGGACUCACUGAUUAUGAAAGUGGAGGUAGCAGAAAUGAAUACACCCAAGUCACUCCUCUUCUGGCUGAGGAUACACUGUCCAAUAGCUGUGAUUCUGGAAAAAAUAAGAGUAUAGGUCAGAGGUAUAAAAAUAUUUCCUGUAGGAUCAGAAAAACAAAAAACUACACUGUUACUAAAAAUCAGAUAAAACAGGAUGCUCUAGAUGACAAAUACAACAAAAUAAAACAAAAAGAUACUCAUGAACACUGGUUCCAUAAAAGUAGAAGGAAGAAGAAAAGAAGAAAGUUAUGCCACCAUCAUUAUGGGGAGAAAACCAAAGAGUCAGAAACUCACAUUAAAAUGGAAACAGAAAAUAGUUAUACUGACACAACUAGGAAAAAUCUACUGGAAACAGUUUCAGAAAAGCAGUAUUUAGCUGCGGACCAAUUAUCAGACUCACAUCAGUUACCUGAUAAAAGGCCCAAAUCAGCAUCCAUUUACUUAAGUGAAAAUGAUGAAAUGUGUAAAACUCAGAACACUGAAUACAAUAGUAAUGAUGUUAUCAGUUCUAAAAACCACAGUAAAAAGAACUCAGUUGUUUUACAUGGACAAUCCAAUUCAACAAUGAUACAUUCGGGGAAACAUAAUUUAACAUUCUCCAGAACUUACUGUAGUUGGAAAGCCAAAAUGUCCAACUGCAGUCAUGAUCACAGAUGCCUAGUUCUUCAAAAUGAUAUGAAAUGCAUGAGUCAGAACCAGGGUAUUAAAAGAGGUUAUAAUUCUCUCAUUAGUGAAUCAGAAAGGUGCCAUCGAAAACGUAGACAGCAUUCACAUUCUUACUCUUCAGAUGAAAGUUUAAAUCGACAGAAUUAUUUACCAGAUGAAUUUUUGAGGCCACCCCGUGCUGCUGCUCCUUGUAAACCUAAAAGAAAACGGAGGAGAAAAAGAAGCAGAUUCCACACCAGUUUGGAAGCUUUGGAACUCAAAGAGAAGACAGAUUAUCCCACGAAAGGCAAUGCUUCCUUAUGUCACCAGGAUGAAAUAAUAAGCGAAGACAAAAAAGAGGAAAUAAAUCCACAAGAAAUUGCAAAUGUCCAAAGGAACUCAGAACAAAUAGACCAAGUAGAAGAUGAACUGGCUUUGCCCCCCAGCAGUCCCCCUCCUGAAACCAGUGGUGAGACGGAGCGUGUAAUGGAAACCGCUUCUGGUGAGUUGUCAGAGACUUCCAAUGAGCCCUGUGGAGCUAGUGCCCCAAGGAAAGUACAAAUCGACGGUACCUUGCUCGAACACAAAGAAAGAAGUGAGCGUACAAAUAUUAAUGAAAAGCAAAUUCCUUUCAAGGUGCCUAAUAUUGAAAGGAACUUCAGACAGUCGCAACCUAAAUCCUACCUUUGCCAUUAUGAACUGGCUGAGGCCCUUCCACAAGGAAAGAUGAAUGAGGCGUCAGCCGAGUGGCUGUGUUUUAAUUCAGGAAUCCUCAAUGCACAACCACCAUUACCAUUCAAAGAAGCACAUGUCAGUGGCCACACCUUUGUAACAACAGAGCAAAUCCUGGCUCCGUUAGCGUUACCAGAACAAGCAUUGCUGAUCCCAAUAGAAAACCAGGACAAACUGAGAAAUCUACCAUGUGAAGUCUACCAGCACAUCAUCCCGCCGAACAUGCUGGCCAACAAGGUCAAGCUCACCUUCCCCGCCGCAGCCCUCCCGCCCCCCGGCGCCCCCCUGCAGCCUCUGCCUCUGCAGCAGCCCGGAUGCUCUACCUCCGUAACCACCAUCCACCACACCGUUUUGCAGCAGCACGCGGCGGCCGCAGCGGCCGCGGCGGCGGCUGCAGCUGCAGGGACCUUUAAAGUGCUUCAGCCACACCAACAGUUUCUGUCCCAGGUCCCAGCUCUCACCAGAACAUCGUUACCUCAGAUCUCAGUAGGACCAGUAGGACCAAGGCUUUGUCCGGGGAAUCAGCCAGCUUUUGUUGCUCCGCCUCAGAUGCCGCUCAUCCCAGCCUCGGUUCUUCAUCCCGGCCAUCUGGCUUUCCCGCCCUUACCCCAUGCACUCUUUCCUUCGCUGCUUUCCCCCCACCCUGCUGUCAUCCCACUCCAGCCCCUCUUCUAGUCCUCACCAUGAAAGGGAAAGAAAAUACUCAUGUGAAAACUAUUGCUAUAUGCAUUAAUGCUCAUCUAAGUGGAUAAUUGCCUAUUUAAAUGGUGGGAAUAAACUAGCCAAACUAUGGCCUCCUUGAUAUGAAAUCGUUUACUGUAUGCAAAUAAAAUUCCUAAGUUUCUAAUAUAUAAUCUUAUUAAGGCACUGAAUAGUUUGAAAAUCAAUACAACAUAUGCUGUAUAUUAAAAGGAUGUCUUAAGAGUAUGUAUAAUGUACAUAAAAUAUAUUUAUAGUACUGUAAUUUAUGUUGUAAAGUAUGCUCUUUGUUUCUUUUUAAUCUCGUGUAUUUGCACCUAUUUAAUGUUUAGACAAAGCUGAUGGCACUAUGUUUUGUACCAUGUUCCUUGAAACUGUAAAUUCAGUGAAAAAUAUCUCUUGCAAUAAAUUUUUGUUAAAUAUUUAAGUAAAUCAAACUUUUGUUUUUAGUUGGUUUUCACUGGGGAAUGUAUGAUAACAGUAGAUUUUGAAUUUAUAUUGUUUCUUCUGCUCGUUGGCAUCUCUGAGCCUCAGAGGCUCAGCAAAAUAUCUUUGGAGUUCUAUCAAUACUUAAACUAAAAUACCAUCUUUCAGAAUAACAGGGCCAUUUGCUUUUCUGUUUAUCAUAGUGUUGUUUAUACUCAGAGUUUACUAUAUUUCCUGAAUACUUGGCCCUCUAGAUAAUAAACUGUGGAAAUUCUUGUUAAAGUAAUAUUAGUAAUGAGGGGCAGGGGUGGUGGAUAAUGACAAAAUAUACAAAGUACAUAGUAGUCUUCCAGGAACUGUGAAACGGUACGUGUAGAUAAGAAAUAGCAAAUAACUAAUAUAAAUUCUUAUAACAUUUUUGUAUGUCAAAAUUAUCAAAUGUAUAAUGCUUAUUUUCAACUGUUGCAGGAAAUAUACAUACAUAAGAAUGUUGGCCUGGAUUAAGGAAUAGAUUUAAUUAAUUAAUCUCUCUCCAUUAUCUAACAUCUUGGGAAGAAUGGCAUAAACAUGAUCUGGAUAUACUCUUAAUUGAGAACCUGGAAGUGGAAAAGAGAGUAAAUAAAUAACUCUUCCUUCUGCAAAUCUUUCUAGUAGUCAUGUUUGUAUCAUAUUUCCAAAUCACCCGGGGAGCAAUCAGAAAGUCUCCACUUCACCCUUCCAGAUUCUACUAUAUUUUUAAUGACCUCUACAUUCUUGUUCACUCAAGUGCUGCUUCUGUGUGUACUUUAAUUAUUUAAUAGAAAACUGGAGAACAUCACGCUUUUCCCAAGAGAGUUUUCUAAUGUGUACCUGCCCUAAUCCAUGCCAUUUUUUAAGACAGAGUCUACGUGCCUAGUGGAAAGGAUUCACCUCACCUUGUGCAAAUGACAAAGGAUUGCGGUAGCCUAGCAAUGAAUCCAGGCAAAAGAGAGGCCAACUGAGUCCUUCUAAAGGGAGAGCAACUUUUAAGUGAUGCUGUACUGAGGAAAUGCUAUUUCAUAUGCUUACUGUGUGAACAGGGUUACCCUAAAUAAUACUGGAAAUUAAACACAU